AUGACAGCAACAGCAGCAGCAGCAACAGCAGCAGCAGCAGCAGCAGCAGAUUGUCAUUCCUGCUGCAGCAGCAAAAACAGCCAAGCGGCUGCCGCUACCCCUCUCAAGCACCGAACAGCAGCAGCAGCAGCAGCAGCAACAGGAGCAGCAGCAGCAGCAGCAGCAGCAGCAGCAGCAGCAGGAGAUGCUGAUACAGACUCGGCGUUGCUGCUGCAGCAGAAGCAGCAGCAGCAGCAACGAUGUAGAGUAAAGAAGUGUGGGGCCCGGCUGCGACGUUGGCUGCGGGUGCAGCAGCUGCUGCUGCUGCUGCAGCUGCAGCGCAUGCGCCGGUUGCUGCUGCUGCUGCAGCACUGGGUGCAGCGGCGGUACGCGCUGCUGCUGCUGCAGCUGCGGCAGCAGCAAAGAGAGGUACCUGAGCUGCGGUGGGUGCUGCUGCUGGUGCUGUAUGUUGCUGCUGUGCUGCUGCUGUCUGUCUUCUAUCUGCGGCUGAUAGAUCCCCUGCUGCAGCAGCCAAGCAUGAAGCAGCAGCAGCAGCAGCUGUUGCAGCAGCUGCAGCAAGACUAUGCAGCAGAAGCAGCAUGGAUGAGCCCCCUAUUGAGACAGCCGAAGAGCUCUGAAGCCCGCAGAUACUUUGGCGAGUUCCUUGCCGCUGCUGCUGCUGCUGUUGCUGCUGAGAAAAACAGCAGCAGCAGCAGCAGCAGCAGCAGCAGCAGCAACAGCAGCAGAAAACGACUCUUUCUGCUGCAGCUAGUUGUCCUUGGGGGACAGGCGCAGUUUGCUGCAGCAGCAAGAAAGAAGCAGCAGCAGCAGCUUGCUGCAGUCUACAAGCAGCACACACAAUUCGCAUACAGUGCUGUUCCUCACAGCAGCAGCAGCAGCAGCAGCAGCAGCAACAGCAGCAGCAGCAGCAGAGAGUUAGAAGACGCCCUGCAGAGUGCAGCGAAUAAAGAAGUACAGCUGCGGGAGGCUUUUGCUGCUGCAGUGCGCUACCAGCAGCAGCAGCAGCAGCAGGCAGCAGCAGCAGCAGCAGGAGCAGCAGCACAUAACACCCAGCAGAAGCAAGAAUAG